AGCUAAUUUAAGGAGCAGUUGGAUGGUGAAACCGGAAGAGGUGAUAAUGCCUGAAAGAAAACAUAUGGAACAAAUAACAGUUGGAUGCAACAAUCACAUAAACAAGUGGUGCUGUUGACUGAAUAGUUACAUGGUCCUGCCGGGAACGCGAACUCCACCGAUGGCCGCCCUCCUCACGGGACAAUCGGCCGCUCUCCUCAGGGACAGCGGGCCGCUCUCCUUACGGGACAAUCGGCCGCUCUCCUCACGGGACAAUCGGCCGCCCUCCUCACGGGACAAUCGGCCGCUCUCCUCACGGGACAAUCGGCCGCUCUCCUCACGGGACAAUCGGCCGCUCUCCUCACGGGACAAUCGGCUGCUCUCCUCAGGGGACAAUCGGCCGCUCUCCUCACGGGACAAUCGGCCGCUCUCCUCAGGGACAGCGGGCCGCUCUCCUCACGGGACAAUCGGCCGCUCUCCUCACGGGACAAUCGGCCGCUCUCCUCACGGGACAAUCGGCCGCCCUCCUCACGGGACAGCGGGCCGCUCUCCUCACGGGACAAUCGGCCGCUCUCCUCACGGGACAAUCGGCCGCUCUCCUCAGGGACAGCGGGCCGCUCUCCUCAGGGGACAAUCGGCCGCUCUCCUCACGGGACAAUCGGCCGCUCUCCUCAGGGACAGCGGGCCGCUCUCCUCAGGGGACAAUCGGCCGCUCUCCUCAGGGACAGCGGGCCGCUCUCCUCACGGGACAAUCGGCCGCUCUCCUCACGGGACAAUCGGCCGCUCUCCUCAGGGACAGCGGGCCGCUCUCCUCACGGGACAGCGGGCCGCUCUCCUCACGGGACAAUCGGCCGCUCUCCUCAGGGACAGCGGGCCGCUCUCCUCACGGGACAAUCGGCCGCUCUCCUCAGGGACAGCGGGCCGCUCUCCUCACGGGACAAUCGGCCGCUCUCCUCAGGGAGCACGGGCUGGCCCCAGGGCGCCUCUCCUCGGGCCGCAGUUCCUACCGGGAAAGAGUGAACUGCUCUCAGCCUUAGCUGAGUAAGGAUUUCAGUGGUGGUCACUUUCAAACGCACCUGCUGAUAACAAGUACGUUUUAGCUCCUCCCAUUAAGUGGGAUAGUUGCCUCAGAAAAAGAAACGUGCUACAAAGCUGCCAUGCACAAAGACAAGGGAAGAGAUCCUGUGAAAAUUAUUCCCUGCCCAGAAGGACUGAUUGAAUUCCCUUUGGAACAGAGAUAAGAUGUGCAUACUUGCAGGGAUAGAAGGAGGCUCUAGGUGUGGAAGGAGAGAACCUCUACAAUGAAUGUGUGAGCUGCCAGAGGCUAAAGCUCUCUCUCUGGCCAUGGCGGUGGCAGUAAAAGUACAUCAUGAACUAAGAGGGAUCAAAACGCAGGGACUGCCAAGUAGUAUAAAAUACAAAUAGGAUUUGAGGUUGUUCAUGUGUUUUGAAUGUUUGAGAUAGAUGGUAUUGUAGGGCUCGGUUGUUCGGGGUUUUUUAAGUUCUCAUUUCAGUUGCUUAAAAUUUUCUUGGAACGUUCAAGGUAAGUUGUCAGAGCAGAGCCAACACCUAGUAUGGAAGAAAUAAACAAUUACAAGUGACUGACAAGGUUUUAACGGAAUUGUUUGGUCUUGUUAAUACCACAUUCAAUUUAAAUCUCUCUUUUAAGUGUUAGUAGAUGAUUUUUAAAGUAUGAGUCCUCACGCCUUUCAUUUGGGUUUGUACGUGGCUAGGCAGUGCUGAGGGAAGCUGAUGACCUCCAUCAAGUGGGGGCUUUGCCCUCAUUUCUCCAUGCUUGUCUCCUAGUAAAAGUGAGUUUGCUAUCUGCUGUAGGUAUUCUUGACUGCAGAAAAUAUCACUGCAUAAAAUCCUUAAGGUUGGGAAAGACAUCCAAGAUCAAGCUCUACCUUUGACCUCACACCAGAAUGCUCUGGAAAGUCUAGAAACUUUUUUGUCAAAACUUGAUGAAAUGUGGUGUCACAGUGUUACCUAGGCUGAAGAAUCACUUCUGCUUUUAAUACACAGACCUUUGUAUGUUAUGUUCCUAAGGUACAUGUUGACUUAGACUGGUGCUUUUUUACCCUUAGUAUUUAAGGGAAUACCUUUUCCCCUCACUGAAUAUUGUCUCUUUCUUUCACCUUCACAAGCAGUGAUAUCCAGUAAACAUUACAGCCAACAGUUUUUACUGCUUUGGUAUCAAAGUCGCAUGCAAACAAGAAAGCCUGGUUGGUAUUCAUAGCUAUGUGGUAAAAGCAGCAGAGAAUCAGCUCAGGAAGGGUAACAGUCCAAGGUCUUGACCAACAGUGCUUGUGUAAGUGGUAUAGGAUCUUGUCAUGUUGGUAUUCUCCAUCUCCAAAUGAGCUGUACUUUGAUUUGGAAGAAAAUAUUAUUAACUGUUUAAAAGACAGACUUUAACUAGGCAUAUCCCAUAAAAUAGGUCUAAAUAUUAUUUGUAAAUAAUAAUCUAAUAAUCUUAAUAAACUAAUAAUAUUAAUGCUCUUUAAUAAAUUAGUUAAUAAGCAGAAAAACUGAAACAACAAAUGGGAGAAGCUUGAAUCCCAGGUGUUGGCUGAGCAGCUCAAACAUUGUGACUUUUUUUAAUAGUAUAUGUGAAGACAUGGAACAAAGUUUUUGUUUUGAAGGAGUAAUGCUUAGCUAUAAAUUAGUAAGAAAAAGCUGUGUAAGUAAAUGUCAGGUAUUAAACUGAGUAUGUACCUCUAUUUUAAGAUGUUAGCAUUUUCUAAAAGACUAUUAGUGGGUUAACUCUGAAAUGAAAAUUUCUUCUCUGGUGCUUUGCUUUGCUCAAAGUCAGUUAACAGUAGGACUGAAAUUGUGAGGACAUUUUCAUUUUUUUGCUCUUUAUGCUGCAUUGACACCACUUGUAUCUGUAACUGAAGUCAAGACGAAGUAAAGUAGGUGGACUUUACAGAAGAUAAAUCAGUGUGACUGAAACACAUCGUACCAAUUAGAUCUAAAUCCUGUUUCUACCAGAAGGCCUCCAGUACCAUCUUCUGCAUUGGUGCUCUUCCUUAGUUUUUCAGAGAACUGUUUAAUAGGCAAGUGUCUCUUGAACAGUAACUUGAACUGCAAAGCUGGAAUUAAAGAAGGUAAUAAUAGUGUAAAGGAAAAGCCUGUAGAACUGCAUUUAUGUUUUGCUCUUUUAUUUUUCUACAUUACUUAAACCAAUGUUUAAUAGCACUGUAUCCUAUUUUUUACAACAAAAUAUUUUCAUGUUCAUUUCCUGCAUCUAACUGAAAGCUUCAUACAACAGUCACUUAAUGUCAGCACCUAAAUCUUCAUAAUAUUGUCUUUCUGUAGUGCAGUUUUGUUUUGUUUCAGACCAUGGUUAGAGAUCUUGCCCUGUAUUCAAUGUUGUCUUAUUUUUCUUGUCAGUGCAAAAUGUGUUCAAGAGAGGGUAAACACUUACAGUGCAUUGGUAGCAAGGGUAUGGCUCUUACAUGAAACCAAGAGCUAACCUCGCUGUUCAUCCAUUAAUUAAAUAAUACAAAAGUUUUAUUUUUCUCAUUCUUGGUUUUUGUUUCCACAUGAUAAUAUAUGCUUAAUGGAAUUGUCUGACUCAGAUGUAUUAAAAAAAAACAAACCCCAAAAUGACAUUUUCAUUUAGUGGUAGAUGUGUAUUUGUUUCUUUAAGCUUGUUUAUCCAUAGAUAAACUGAUCUACCUUACCAUUUGGAUAUAUAUAUUAUAGACCUUUAAAAAUAUGGACAAUUCUAACAGAUUUGUUAGGGUAAAAAAUCCAGAUAUCCAUUAAGUUUCUUCAAGAAAGGGAAAAAUUGAAGUAAUAAAAAUUCCCACCAAUGUAAUUUAAUGUAAGUAAAUUCUUGAGCAUUUUAUUUUUAUACAAAGAUAUAUUUUAAUCAUAGAUGUCAUUCUAUUCCUCAGUUGAAUAUUAUGACUGAGGAAAAAUAUUAUGACUGAGGACAAAACUGUAUUGAAUGAUCAGAACAUCACUUCUCAAUUUUCUUUAUAAAAACCCCCACUCAAACACUAAAAAACCCCACCCCAAAACCCAGUCAGAAAAAAACCCAAAACCAAAACCAAACAAACAAAAAACCCCCACCCUCAAAAAAAAUUUUAAAAUAACCCAACAAACCCAAACCAAACAAAAAACCCCACUCCCCAAACUCCAGAAAUCUCUAUCCUCAGCUGGUGCAAAGCACCACAGCAUCUUUGGAGUCACACAGACACAGCUGGCUGCUGAGGAUCCAGGCCUGGAGAUGCAGUGCAGCAGUCUGACACAGGACAGGCGUGGCCACAGGAGUCCCCAGUGCUCCAGCAGAGCAGGUUCAGACAAGUGCGUUUCAGCCCACCCAGCAUAUUUCAAAUGCUGUGCUGGUUAUGUGGAUUAAACUUUUGAUGACACUUUUCAUAACAAGAACAGCAGAAACAACAGGAAUUUUGAAAAUAAAGAUACAGUAUUUAAAUAGAUGAUAAAAAUCUUUACACUACUAGGUAGACAUGUUAAAUAAAAACUGUCUGUAGGUUUAUAAUAAAUUAAAAAUAACCUUUGGGUUUGAGUCUGAAGUACUUAGAGAGAAGUGAUAGUUCAGCAUUUGGAUCUGUAGAGCUACUGGAGUGCAUUUUGAAGUAUUGUAGUGAUAUGAAACUAAAC